AUGAAAAUUCCAUUCCUUGUUCUGUCUUUUGUCCUACAAUGUUGCUUCGGGUGUAGUCUUUUUCACCCUCUAGACCCUCUCAACCCUACAGAAAUUGACCAAAUAAGGCACAUAAUUGAAAAGUUUCACCUUGGCUCUCUUCCUAACCUAACCUUUCAUUUUCUUGAUGUUGAAGAACCAGAUAAACAAGAUGUCCUAAAGUGGCUUUCUUAUAAAGAAAUCAAGCCUAAUCGUCAAGCCAAGGUUGUCAUUCGAGCAAGAGGUGAGACCUAUGAACUCAUUGUAGACUUAACCAUUGGCUCAAUCAUAUCUAACCAAGUCUAUAGUGGUUAUGGCUAUCCUCCUCUCACUUUUAGUGAGCUUUUUCAAGCUAGCAAAUUGCCUUUGAAGUAUCCAAAAUUCAAGAAGUCAAUUCUAAGAAGGGGCUUGAAUUUAGCUAAAGUUUCUUGUGUACCCUUUACAAUAGGUUGGUUUGGUGAACGUGUUACAAAAAGAACUCUCAAAGUCUCAUGCUUUUAUUGUGGAGGGUCGGUUAACAUGUUUGCAAGGCCUAUUCAAGGAAUAAGUGUACUAGUUGAUGUUGAUUCAAUGAAGAUUACAAUGUACACUGAUAGACUUAGAGCACCUGUGCCUAAAGCCGAGGGUACUGAUUUUCAUUCACCAAAAGGGAAGCAUAAUUCUACUACUUGUAACAUAACAAAUGGUGGGUUCACAAUUGAGGGCCAAAAUGUUAAAUGGGGUAAUUGGAAUUUCCAUGUGGGAUUCAAUGCUCGGGCAGGUGUUAUCAUAUCAACAGCUUCAAUAUUUGAUGACAGGAAAAGAAAGUUUAGGUGUGUGUUGUAUAGAGGACAUGUAUCUGAGACAUUUGUUCCAUAUAUGGAUCCUACAAGUGAAUGGUAUUAUAGGACGUUCAUGGACAUUGGUGAAUUUGGGUUUGGGCAUACAGCUGAUACUCUACAGCCAUUUUAUGAUUGCCCAGGGAAUGCUGCAUUUAUAGAUGGGUAUAUGGUUGGGGUAGAUGGACAAGCACAAAAGGUACCAAGGGCUAUUUGCAUUUUUGAGCGGUAUGCUGGUGAUGUAGCUUGGAGACAUACAGAAAUUAUUGUUCCAGGCAAAGUGAUAAGAAGUGGGGAGCCAGAAAUUACUUUGGUGGUUAGAAUGGUGGCUACAGUGGGUAAUUAUGAUUAUAUUCUUGAUUGGGAAUUCAAACAAAGUGGCACCAUCAAAGUUGGGGUGGAUUUAACAGGUAUACUAAUGAUAAAGGCUACGCUAUACACAAAUACUGACCAAAUAAUGGAAAACGAGUAUGGACCCUUAGUAGCAGAAAACACCAUUGCUGUACACCACGACCACUUACUCACAUACUAUCUUGACCUUGAUGUUGAUGAUAACGAUAACUCCUUCGUCAAAGCCAACUUAGAAACGAUAAGAACCAAGGCAUUGCAUGUGCCUGACCACGGCUCACCUAGGAAGAGUUAUUGGAGGGUUGUUAGUGAGACAGCUAAAACUGAAUCAGAUGCAAAAAUAAAACUCGGCUCGAAGGCAACUGAGUUACUAGUUGUGAAUCCGAACAAGAUGACUAAGAUGGGCAAUCAUGUUGGCUAUCGUCUGAUCCCCAAAUCAGGGGCAGGUUCACUUCUAUCAGACGAUGAUUACUCCCAAACCAGAGCAGCCUUCACUAAGUACAAUGUGUGGGUCACUCCGUAUAACAAGUCAGAAAAAUGGGCUGGGGGACUCUAUGUUGAUCAAAGCCGAGGGGAUGACACUUUAGCCACGUGGAGCAAAAGGAAUAGGGAGAUAGAAAAUAAGGACAUUGUGGUAUGGUACACGUUGGGGUUUCAUCAUGCACCUUACCAAGAAGAUUUUCCAUUGAUGCCUACGCUGAGCAGUGGUUUUGAGCUGAGGCCAGCAAAUUUCUUCGAGAGCAAUCCGGUGCUAAAGGUAAAACCACCUCAAGAUGUCAUGAGGCUUAAUUGCUCCAUUUUGAAAGUGGUCUAAGUCACUGGAUUACGUAGGCUUGAAGUGCACUUAAUAUUAUGCUUCAUUGUUGAAGGACACUUAAAAAAGAAAAAGAAGAACCUUAUUAUGAAGCUGCUUGGGAUGGGACCCCUUAUGUCUCAACCCAAUUUGAAGAAUGCUCAGUAAUGACCCCUUUUGCAGCAAUUAUUGCUUAUCCUUGCAAGGCAAUUGGCGAAUGGCAAUGGAAGGAUCCAAAGGCUGUUCUCUUUUGUCUUCUCUAAUAAAAUUGUUCAUAUAUUUAG